AUGAUGUCUGAGAGCUCCGGCCCCCAGAACCCCAGCUGCCACAUCAUGACCUUCUACCCAACCAUGGAGGAGUUUAUGGACUUCAACCACUUUAUCGCUCAGAUGGAAUCUCAGGGUGCACACCGAGGAGGCCUGGCCAAGGUCAUCCCACCCAAGGAGUGGAGGGCCAGACAGAGCUACGAUGACAUGGAUGACUUCUUGAUAGCCCGCCCCCUCCAGCAGGUGGCCUAUGGCGGGGCAGGUGUCUUUACUCAGUUCCAUAGAAAGAGGAGAGCCAUGACCCUGAGACAGUACCGCCAACUGGCCACCAGCACAAAAUACCAGACCCCAGCGCACCUGACUUUUGAAGAGUUGGAGCAAAAGUACUGGAAGAGCCGUGCCUUUGGUGCCCCGAUCUACGGCGCUGACGUCAGCGGCUCUCUGUUUGAUGAGAACACGGCACACUGGAACCUCAGGCGCCUGGGCUCGCCUCUGGACCUGCUGGCACAGGAGUGCGGCGUGGUCAUCGAGGGAGUCAACACGCCCUACCUGUACUUUGGCAUGUGGAAGACCACGUUCGCCUGGCACACGGAGGACAUGGACCUGUACAGCAUCAACUACCUGCACUUCGGGGAGCCCAAAACGUGGUACGCGGUGCCCCCGGAGCACGGGCGGCGCCUGGAACGCCUGGCCGGGCAGCUGUUCCCGGGCAGUUCCCGCAGCUGCCAGGCCUUCCUGCGGCACAAGGUGGCCCUCAUCUCGCCCAGCGUCCUGCGGCAGAACGCCAUCCCCUUCCGCCGCGUCACUCAGCAGGCUGGCGAGUUCAUGGUCACCUUUCCCUACGGCUACCACGCGGGCUUCAACCACGGCUUCAACUGCGCCGAAGCCAUCAAUUUCGCCACCCCGCGCUGGAUCGAGUAUGGCAAAGUGGCCUCUCAGUGCAGCUGCGGGGAGGCCAGGGUCACCUUUGACAUGGACCCCUUCGUUCGUAUCCUGCAACCCGAGCGCUACGAGCUGUGGAAACGCGGGCAAGGCCGUGGCGGUGUGCACCUUCCGGAGCCCAUGGGCCAAACAAGCCAGGAGCCACACACGAGCCGGGAGCCAGGCACCAGCCAGACGCUUCUCACCAGCCAGGGGCCAAGCAUCCGCCAGGAGCCACGCAGCAGUGAGGAACCUCACACCAGCCAGACGCUUCUCACCAGCCAGGGGCCAAGCACCCGCCAGGAGCCACGCAGCAGUGAGGAACCUCACACCAGCCAGACGCUUCUCACCAGCCAGGGGCCAAGCAUCCGCCAGGAGCCACGCAGCAGGGAGGAACCUCACACCAGCCGGACGCUUCUCACCAGCCAGGGGCCAAGCACCCGCCAGGAGCCACGCAGCAGUGAGGAACCUCACAGCAGCCGGACGCUUCUCACCAGCCAGGGGCCAAGCAUCUGCCAGGAGCCGGGCACCAGUCAGCAGCCAGGCACCAGCCAGAAAGCACGCAGCUGCCUGAAGCCGCGCCCCAGCCGCGAGUUGUGCACCAGCCAGGAGCUGAGGGCGUGUAGGCAGGAUCGCGGGCUCUGGAGGGCGGCCCUGGGCCUCAGGCAGCUUUCCUCGCCCCAGGCUUGUUCCACUGGGCCUGUGCCGGCCUCUGCUAGCACCCGUCGAGCAGCUGCUGUGGGCGCCGGAUCUCAGUGGUCUCUCGGCAGCAGCAAUGAAGUCAAAUCCCAGACUGACGUUCGCAGGUCCAGGCAGCCCAGUCCUGCCCGGUUACCGACUCCAGCUCUGUCUGCCGAGGCUGUGCGCCUGUCAGCUGCUAGAGGUGGUCGUGGUCGUGGUCGUGGUCGUGGUCGCGGUCGUGGUCGUGGUCAUGGUCGUGGUCGUGGUCGUGGUCGGCGUCCUCGGCCACUGCAAGCUGAGGAGCCCAGCCUGGAGGCUCCACCCAAGAGGCGGCUGUUGUCCCUCUCUGCACACACAGAGGCUGGCGCGGAGGCUCCGACCCUGCCCAAUGAUGGAGCUUUGGAUGUAAACACUAUUAGAGCCCUGAGCGCCGGGUUUCCUGCUGAGGCUUCGGGAUGUUGCUGUGCCCCGGAUCUUCAAGCCUUGGGGCCCCCGCUGGAUCCCCAUGCCCCGAUGCACCCGGGCCCUUGCCUGCUCUCCUUGGACAGCAUCACCGUGGAUCUUCCUGACGUGGUGCCGCUGACUCCUCCCAGCACCACCGUGCAGCCAUUCAGAAGCUUCUGCAGGGACCAUGCUGGGGACUGGGCAUCUCCUGUGAAUCAGGCAGAGGAUGGGGUCGUGUGCCACACUUGUGCCUCCAGAUCCUUGGCUGCGUCUCUGGUUGCCCCCGGCCCUUGUGUUGCUGAUGCCAGUCCCCUGUGGCUCAAGCCACAGGGAGGCGCUUUCUGGUGGCAUGAGCCAAGUCCAGCACCACUGAACGCUCUUCAGCCCCUGAGCCCUUGA